GGGUCAGGGUGUGAUGAGUGGUGGGGAAUUGUUUUGUGCAUUGUUUUUAAACCCACCGAGGAGCGUAAUCAUGAUUACCAACUGGACUAUCUCUUUGAAGUGGAUGAAUGCCUAAUGACUUAUUACGCAUUUGGACUUGGAGACCCUACUUUUUUUAUUAAAAUUACGGCAGAAUAUGGAGGGGAAUGGUCUCGUACAUAUUAUACGUCAGAAUAUGUUAAAGUGGAAUCGCAUCAUCUUUGGCUGCAUAGUCUGUCCAAGGAAUGUUUACUUCCAACAGAGAUUGAUAAUAAGCGAUUCCAUGAAGUUGAGCUUGAAAUAGAGACCGGGCGCAUGGAGGUGGAGAAAAUUGGGCUUCGUGUGGUAUAAAAGCAAGACAUUGAAGAUCCCAAUUGAGAUGCUUUCUUCAGUUGGUGAUGAAAUCUAGGGUUUGAAGAUCCCAACCAAAAUAUGCGAAGCCCAUGAUGAGGAUGAUGGGGAAUUCUUUUCUUCACUUCUUUUACCUAAAUUUACAAAAGACACCUUGCCUUGUUCAGAUGUUGAUUUUCCUCAAUGAUUUGCACACCUACGUAUAAUUGAAGUUAGAUAAACGAAGGCCUGUUUGUUCUUUCUCUAAAAGGAGCAGCAAUAGAAGUGUUCCCAUCAUCCGUUGGACGUUUGACUGCCCUUCAGGAGUUAAAUCUAAGUGAUUGCAAAAAUCUUGUGUCUUCCUAGCAACAUUUGUAGUUUGAAGAUGCUAAAAAAUCUUCAUCUUUUUGAAUGCUCAAAAUUUGUCAACUUGCCAGAGAAUCUAAGGAAUCUUGAAAGCCUGUUUAAUCUUUCUCUAAGAGGAAUAGCAAUAGAAUUGUUGCCAUCUUCCGUUGGACGUUUGACUGCCCUUCGGCAUUUGAAUUUAAGUGAUUGCGAAAAUCUUUUGUGUCUUCCUGAAAGCAUCUCCCAACUCUCUAGAAUUACAAGGCUCAACUUGGAUGGUUGCAAGAGGCUUCGAUGGUUACCAGAUAUUCGGUCACAAGAUUGUAAUAUAAAUGUAAACAACUGUACCACACUGGAGAGAUUCCCAGAAAGCCCAAAAAAUUGUCCCUUCUGGUGUCGUCACUUUGAUUUCUGUGUCGCGUGUGUCAAUUGCUUCAAUAUUCAAUUCUGUGUCAAGGGACUAACAAGUGGUAAAUUAGUGGGGAGAUUACCUUACGUUCUUCCUGUAAAACAAAUUCCAAAUGGAUUUGAAAAGGCCAACAUACGUGAUAGUUCAGUUUUGGCAUCUCCAAGUUUCCACAGAUGCGAUUAUUCAGUGAACAUGCAAUUGCCACGGUCGGGGUUUGAUGAGUUGUGGGCAAUUCUUUUGUGCGUUGUUUUUGUACCCUGCGAGCAUUAUAAUCACUCACAUUAUCUGAUUGAAAUCAAAUCGAAUAAAGUAUGGUUUCAACGUAUUGCGUCAGAAUAUGGUAAAAUUGAAUCGCAUCACCUUGCGCUGAGCCUGCACUAUUUGAAUUUCUUCGAUCUGGAAACCCCUGGCUGGUCUAUUGAUGAGAAGGGAUUCCAUGAAGUUGAGUUUACAAGCUACCGGGAGCGUGGAGGUGGAGACAGUAGGGUUCCGUUUGUUAAACAAGCAAGACAUCACAUCAAAGACUCGGAUGAUUGGGAGGAAGUCUGGGACGAUGGGACACGGGCAUAGAUUGUGAGGAAUCCAGUCAAGAGAAUUUUUUUCCUCAUCUUU